GCGGGUUGACGUCGUCCGACCUUUUUCAUUAGGCUAUCAAGGAAAGGAGUUGACAACAAACCAACAGGACAUCAACCUGUGUUGAACUUCUAGAGCUAGAUAAUUCAUUUUACUUUGGCAAACGUUGCUACCUUUGGUCACCUCACUGUGUUGGUCACACCCUUUAUCGCCUGCCCCCCUCUGGAGCUCCGUGUAUCUGUCUGGCCGCCAUGUUGGGCAGUGUGGGUGUCACAGUGCAACCGGAGACUUGUAGCCUUGCUAGCCAGCUAAUCACAUAAACACUAAUACCGAUCGUCUAUGAUUUCCCCUCCCAAUAAAUAAAUUAAGUUCGAAAGUUAACCAAGUUUUCACUGAGAUUUUCAUAUAGCCUUAGACCUACAAAACUUACACCGGGCUGAAUUCCCGGGCGAACACUGGUCUGAGUUCCAACUCGAGCACUGGUACGGUAAUGGCGGAAUUUGCUGCGCCGAAGUCUUACUCUGCAUGGAAAUGGUUUUAACAGGCCUGUCAACGGAGCAGGGAUACUCUUGAAAGAGGGAACACAGGAUUGGACUCCUAAAAGCCCCCUUUACACACAGACACUCUCACUGGCACAAACACACACACACACACACACCCUCACACACACCCUCACACACACCCACACAUACAAGAAGACUCUUCAUAGAACUUUGGAGAAUUCUCACAAAAUCGGAGCCGUGUUUUUCAAGUUCAAUUUUCCUUUGUGACGAUCGGACACAGAAAGCACUACUUGUCAUCACCAUUUAAUUAAUUUAUUUUUUAAUUCCUCCAUACACCUUUCCACACACUGCCAUCAUGCCGAGCUCCACCAUCCGCAGGCAGAUGAAGAAUGUGGUGAACAACUACUCGGAGGCGGAGAAGAAGGUGCGGGAGGCCACCUCAAACGACCCGUGGGGCCCAUCCAGCUCAGUCAUGUCCGAGAUCGCAGACCUCACCUACAACGUCGUGGCCUUCUCGGAGAUCAUGAGCAUGAUCUGGAAGCGCCUGAACGACCACGGCAAGAACUGGCGGCACGUCUACAAGGCCCUGACGUUGCUGGACUAUCUGAUCAAGACGGGCUCGGAGCGCGUGGCCCUGCAGUGCAAGGAGAACAUCUUCGCCAUCCAGACGCUGAAGGACUUCCAGUACGUGGAUCGCGACGGCAAGGACCAGGGCGUGAACGUGCGGGAGAAGUCCAAGCAGCUGGUGUCGCUGCUCAAGGACGAGGAGCGACUGAAGGGGGAACGCUCGCAGGCCCUCAAGACCAAGGAGCGUAUGGCGCAGGUGGCCACCAGCGUGGGCAGCGGCAGUGCAGCAGCAGUUGGUGGUGGAGGUGGUGCUGGUAGUGGUGGCAUGGGCUUUGGCCGCGGCUCCAGCCAGCCUAACCUGUCCACCAGCUACUCGGAGGAGUACGGACGCUCGGAGGGAUCGCCGGCUUCAUAUCAUGGAUCAACGUCUCCUAAUGCCUCGUCGGAGCUGGAGCAGGCACGACCCCAGACCAGCGGGGAAGAGGAACUGCAACUGCAGCUGGCCCUGGCCAUGAGCCGAGAGGCAGCUGAACAGGAGGAGCGUAUGCGCCGCGGAGAUGACCUAAGGCUUCAGAUGGCACUGGAAGAAAGCAAAAAAGAGAACCCGAAAGUCCCGAAGAAAAAGAAAGAGCCCCAGUCGGCCCUGAUGGAUCUGAUGGACACUGUGCCGGAGGGCCCUGCGGACCAGGCGCCCGACCCCUGGGGAGCCCCCGCAGGAGCAGCUGCUGCAGCUCCAGACCCCUGGCAGGCAUACGGUGCUGCCCCUAAGCCUGCUGUGGACCCCUGGAGCCUCCCGGGGGCCUCUGCCUCAGUCACCCCCAUGAAGAGUGCUGAUCCCUGGGGAGCGCCUGCUGCCCCUGUUGCCGACCCCUGGGGCUCUGCCCCCAAAGCCUCAGAGAGCUUUGACCUGUUCAGCGCAUCAAAUGGUACUUCCCGAGAGGACCUGUCAGAGUUUGACAGCCUCCGCGCCAUGGCAGCCACUGGUGAUCGUAUAGGAAGUUCUGCACUGCCCUCUCAGACCAGCAUGUCUGUGAGUCCCGACCUGUUUGACCUUCAGCCCGGCGGCGGCCCUACCAGGAAAACCCCCGAGUCCUUCCUGGGCCCCAACGCAGCGCUGGUCAACCUGGACUCCCUGGUGACCAAGCCCCCCCAGCAGCCCGCCCCCAUCAUCAACCCCUUCCUAGCAGCAGGUGCUGCGCCAGUGCCAGCCCCUGCACCAGCCCAGAACCCUUUCCAGAUCAACCAGCCACAGCCCCCCACCCUCAACCAGAUGCGUGUGAGCCCCAUGCCGGGCUUCGGUGGGCUGUCCCAGCGGAGCGCCGACCCCCUGCCCCUUUCCUCCUUGCCCCCCACUGGCCCAGGCGCGGUUGGUAUGGUGCCCCUGGCGCCCAUGGCCCCGCUGAUGCCCACUCCCAUGGGCAUCCCCACCUCCAUGUCCCUGCCCCAGCCGCUCAUGAGCGGGGGCCUGCCGCCCUCUGGCCCCGCCGCCCAGGCUGGCACCACCACCAACCCCUUCCUGUUGUGAGGAACACACACCCGUGUGUAUCCCCACCACAACCCCCCAACCCACAUGACCCCUGAAUCAAGCCCGCUUUG